CACCAUCCCAGCAUCACUGCCAACAAGUAGGAAAAGAGAGAAAAAUAAAGGAGAAAGAAGGCAAGGGAACAAAAGACAUACAAGAAAGCAAGCAAAAGAGAGAAGCGAUGAGUGAUUGAAAUAAAGUUUGCAGCAACCAAAUGUCAAAUAUAACAGGAGAUGGUGGGAGCUUUUCAUCUGAGAACCACACAGGAGAGGAGGUCCAGCAGCAGCUUCCAUUGCAUGGAACCAUCGCUGCCACAACUAAUGGCGAUGGCUCAAACUUGCAACCGCCACCACUGGCGGUCAAGAAGAAACGGAACCUCCCCGGGACUCCGGACCCAACAGCAGAAGUGAUUGCUCUAUCGCCAACGACCUUAUUAGCAACAAAUCGUUUUGUCUGUGAGAUAUGCAACAAGGGCUUCCAGAGGGAUCAAAACCUCCAAUUGCACCGCAGAGGCCAUAACCUCCCAUGGAAGUUAAGGCAGCGAACAAGCACGGAGGUUCGCAAGAGGGUGUACAUUUGCCCUGAGACCACAUGUGUGCACCACAACCCGAGCCGAGCUCUUGGGGACCUCACGGGGAUCAAGAAGCACUUCUGCCGCAAGCAUGGGGAGAAGAAGUGGAAGUGUGACAAGUGCUUAAAGAAGUAUGCAGUGUUGUCUGACUGGAAAGCCCAUACCAAGAUCUGCGGCACCAGGGAGUACAAGUGUGACUGUGGCACGGCAUUCUCCAGGAAAGACAGCUUCAUCACCCACAGAGCCUUCUGUGAUGCUCUAAUCGAAGAGAACAACAAGGCCAAGACUAGCGUGAUGCCCACCAUGAGCCCCAAUCUCCAAGCUCAACUCCCUGAGCUCAUGAUGCCCAUGGGCACCAACACCACCAACUUGCCAGUUCGAGUCUCCGACUUCGAUAACCAUGAGAUCAAGAACCCCCUCAAGGGCCUCGCCUACGACCUCAUGCCCACUUCACUACGUUCCCAUAAUACCAUGGCUGGAACAACCAUGCUCUCGUCAACCUCUGCCACCACUCUCUUCAGCUCGGGGAGUUUCCACUCAAGUUGCAACGGGCUCGACGGGGGCACCAAGACAGGCCAGCCAGCCAUCGGAUCGGCCCACAUCUCGGCGACCGCAUUGCUCCAGAAGGCGGCACAAAUGGGCGCAACGGCCACCAGCGGCAGCGCUGGCGCCACGCAGAGGUGCUUCGUCUCGCUCAUGGCCGGGCCCGAUAGAAAUUGGGUGCAACAACAUGGGAUGGGAGCCAAUGGAGGAGCGUUUGGAAAUCAAUUCUUCGACAUUGGAAUGGGCGGAAGCUCGGCGGUGAUUGAUGCAGGGGUGUUGAACUCAACUGCUGGAGUCUUUGUAGGUGGUGGUGAUCGAGGCCAUGGGUUUGUGAAGGGUUUAGAGCAUGAGACUGGUGGUGGUUUGAUGCAGGGAGGGAGUGGGAGGUCAGGAUUGAGAUAUGGAGGGGGGAGUAGGGACGUGACGACUUUGGAUUUCUUGGGGGUCAGUAGAGCGAGGUCGGUGGCAGCGAUGGGAUUACAUGAGCAGCAGCAAGGAAUGGAGUUCGGAGGAGUUGGCCAGAAGAGGUUGCAUGGGUUGCACCCAUUUCAGCAACAGCAUCAGCUAAGCCACAGCCGAGCAGCUACCAUGGAGAAAGUCGUAUGGGACGUUUGAGUGGAGUAAUAACGAUGAGAAGGAUACUAGCUACUCUCUCUCUCUCUCUCUCUCUCUGUCUCUGUGUGUGUGUGUGUGUG